AUGGCGGGUCCAUCACCGAGAAGCAGAGAACAAGACCACGCGGAUUCGCCGUCCCGCGAAGCCCGGCCGCCACAACGAUCACAGGCGCCACGCCCACCAAGAGAACGAACUCCGGUCGUUGAGCGUGUACCUCAAAGACGCAAGGAGCCCCAGGCCCCGGAUCGCGUAGUGGAAGUUCACAAUGAACCCCAUAUCAGCCGCGACACAGAGCAGGGGAGGAGAAAAGGCGACCGACAGGUCCGCUUUGCCAACACUCUCGACUACGAGGAGGACGUCCGCAAAGGCCAUCAGUAUCCCCGCACUCCAAUGCAGCCGCGUCAAGAACAUUCCUUGCCCGGCAGGUAUCGGAACGUCACCAGAAGUACAAGCCCCGAGGGUGAAUUUUUAACGGGGCGCCCUUACAUCGUGACCCGCACUCCACGAUACGAAAGAUCGAGAGAUGUUGCCCCGAGGCCAUCUAUCUCCCUUGAGACAAACCGCCCGCGACCAAGGAUUAUCCAGGAUGGCAACCGUCAUGUGGAAGAAGCAGGUCAGCGUAUCCUCGCGGAGGCCCGAAGACGACAAGCGCGAGAACGAUUUACGCGCGAUCUCAAAUCAUACACUGCAUGGCGACCAUGGAAUCGUCGGUCUGAACGCUUGCGUGGAUCUGAGAUCAGCGACGGGAUAGUGAGUGAUGAUAAGGGAACUCGGCGAUAUGGUCCAAACCUCUUUGCGGACCGCUUCUCUCGUUCAAUCAAUCAUCUACAGCUUGCCACAAUGAGUAGCCAGCAUGCCGGACAUGAAGUGGUGGAGAGCGCGUCCAGCGAAUUCGUGAUCCCCGAAAACAACCAGGCCGUUGAUAUCAACCAAUUGUCAGCGGCUGCCGCAUUAGAAAUAUUAUGCACCAGUGUUGAGAUGCUCUCUAUGGCGGCCACGGACUGUUCAGAUGAUUGGCCGAUGGGUGCCGGGCCUCACUCAACAUGGAAAACUUGGGUCGACGGUGCCUCCUUGACGCCGGCCUCGAAUAGCGCAACCGAGCUACAUUGCUCCCCGACGAGAGACGAGCAAGAAGGUCACCACGAUUUCUUUCAACAAAGCAUACUGUCCAACCGCUUUCUCUCCAAACGAGAGCCGCCGAUCUCUCUCAGAGACUACUUAUUACGCCUUCAUCGCUACUGUCCCAUGUCGACCGCGGUCUACCUGGCCACAAGCAUGUACAUCACCCGCAUGGCCAGCGUCGAAAGAGUCAUCUUGGUUAGUCCAAAAAACAUGCACCGCCUAGUACUUGCAGGACUCGGCGUAGCGAUGAAAACUUUGGAAGAUCUCAGUUAUCCCCAUAGCCGGGUGGCUAAAGUCGGUGGGGUAACGGAGCGUGAGCUCUCCAAGCUGGAGAUUAGCUUCUGUUUUCUCGCUGACUUUGACUUGCGAGUGGAUGCUCAUAUGCUCUUCAGCCAAGCCGCAAUUCUUGAUCAAAACAAGGAUAUUUGCCAUGAUUCUGAGGGCUAA